UUUCCGUCCGAAAAAGGAUCACUUCAAGUUGUAGCUCGUAAGAAUUUCGUACGCUGGUCGAAUCGAUUCAAGUUAAUGUGUGUUAAGUGAAAUAGUUCAGUGAGUUUGAAGAUGCACUCACGGGAUAUUUACAAUCAAGGUGAUCGUGGACAGAUCGUGGUGGAUGUAAUGUCGCCCUCUCACUAUAAUUUAGGAUCACACGGGCAGCCUAGCCCUCCACAGUCGCCGAACAGCACCCAGUAUUCAAAAGAAUGUUUAACGACGAUACACAACGAUAACAAGAUCAACAACAACUCGCCACUCAACAACAACGAUCCAAAUGUGAGACGUUACAGGACUGCCUUCACCAGGGAACAACUGGCGAGGCUUGAAAGAGAAUUCAGCAGAGAGAGUUACGUAUCCAGACCUAGAAGAUGCGAAUUAGCAUCUGAAUUAAACCUUCCAGAAAGCACGAUUAAGGUGUGGUUCCAAAACAGACGAAUGAAGGAUAAGAGGAAUAGGAUAGCGGCUUCUUGGCCUUAUGCCGCUCUGUGUACUGACCCCACGUUUGCUGCUACAAUCCUUCAAGCUGCCGCCAAUACUCUACCUCUACACUACAUGUCACCACCUCCAGUAUAUAGCCAGUACCAAAGGUACAACCCUUACUCCAUACGUCUUCAUCCAAGCGUACCCAUGCAGAGCCCCAACUACAACUUCCCACCAAGCCUAGGUUUGAGCCAGGGAGUUCCAAGCAUGCCUCAGAACGUUGCCGUACCUCCAGUACCACCAAAUUUCAACUUCAACCUAGGAUCAGAGUUCCCUUUGUUCCCUCUGAGGCCCCAGAGAGUUUCCCCCAACGUCUCACCUGUACAUUCAGAUCUCAGCUCAACGCCACCUUUACACGAUAGUCUCUUGAUGCCAGCCAAAAUUUCACCGACCCAAUCCACAUCGCCGGCCAUUGUUUCAUCUCAGACGACAUUCGAAAAACCGAAAUUGUUCCAACCCUACAAAUCUGAAGUUUAAUUUUUCUUUUUUUUUUUUUUAAUGUAAAUAUUAUGUUUAGCUCUUCAGUUCCGUGUAAAGUACAAUAAUAUUUCGGUAGUUUUCGGAGAGCAUCAGUCUAUAAUACGGGUAAUUGUUGAUGUGCGAAAAGCACAACGAAAUUGGCCUGUGUAUAAUAGAUAUAUUAUGUUGGACCAACCGGAAGUUUUAGAUGAUGUUCGAAUUCUAGUUGAACCUUCGAUAUCGCGACGUAUGUAUAUAAAUAUAUAUAUAGGAGUGUAAUUUAUUGAUACUGUGUAUUUUGAGAUCUCCUUGUACAAAUUUCAUCCUGUAUAUAUUGUAAAUCACAUGGAGUGGUAAUCCGAAAUAAUAUCAGAAAUGGACUGGUGGUGUAAGGAUCAUAACUUGAUACUAUGUCAGUUCGCCCUGCAAAAAUGAUUUUGGAUCGUCGUGUUAUAAAUAUUGAUAUAAAGUGUAAAAAUAGUUUGGCAUAUUGUAAAUAUACAAGAGAAACAUAUUAAAUUUAAAACAUAGUACAAAUUUCCUGUUUCAUGAUCCUUACACCACUAUUUCUGUUAUACCUAUUGUAAAUGUGGCGUUAUGUUGUGAUAAUUUUAUUACUCGUUUUUUUUUCUGUUUUCAAUAAAAGCAAUAGUACCUUA